UUAAAAUCAAUAUAACCCUUUAAAGCUGUGUGGAACCAAAUAGUUGUAGGAGUUUAAUCAUAAUGCAGGUAUAUAAUACGGGCUGACUACUAAAUACCUGAGAGUGAUUCAUAUCGGUUAAGUGACAUUAAGUUUACUUCCCCACCGGAAGUCAUUUACAGACGACAAUAUACUUCCUGGUCUGGAAUAAACCCUGUAAGCAAAACACUGCAGGAAUGAGGGAAGGCCAAAGUAUAAUUAAUCGUGAUGAAGAACGCAACAGGACAAACAGAAAAAGACCAUGGACUGUUGUGGAAGUUUUAGGCCUUUUCUGUCCCAUAUUGCUCUUCUGGAGAAUUUGGACGUUUUGUCGAAACUCACGAAAGGGAUGCAGAUACAAACAACCAGGACAGGACUUCGAACCGGUCAUCGACCAACUUGAUACCGAAAUUAAGUUACAGGAGACCAACAAGCAGUUAAACCGACAUAAAGAUGAAAAUGCUCUGCUCCAAAACAGGAUACACGAACUUUUGGGUGAAAAUCGUGUAAUGAAGCAUGCAAUAGAAGAAAAAGACAACGAAAUUGGCAAACUACAGCAUGAAAAAGAAACAGUCGAAACGGAGAAGGAAGAAGCUUUGAAUAGACUUUCGGAGGAAAGAGAUCUAAUAAGGAAACAUGCACAAGAAGAAAAAGACAAAAUCGUCAAACUAGAGCAAGAAAAAGAAAUACUCAAAAAGGAGAAGGAAGAUGCUUUGAAUAGAAUAAGCCAACUGGUGUCCGUCAAACUUCGAGACAAGAACCCAAACAUUGUUGACCUGAGUGACCACUACAGACCCACGAAACUGGCCGAGAUGUUUAGUGAGUUAUUUGACAACGAAUGGACUGCUGCUUAUACCUUUAUGGAGGAAAAAUUUGAACCAGAACAAAUCGAGUCCUUCCUCCUAGACAUAGCAAUGGACUCCUACACCUUCUGCAAUGAAAAGGCACACUCUUCUUGGUCCUUUGUAACAAAGUGGUUUUUGCCUGAAAGUGAUUAUAAUGCACAAACAGUGAGAAGGGUUCUGAAAGAUGGCCAAAAACGGCAAGCCCAAGGUCUAGUUUCUCAGUUAGAGAUGGAGUUUUUCGACCAUAUUACGGCGAAAUGUAGUGUUGAGCAACUACGCAGGGCCUUAUCCAACAAAGAACUGGCAGGGUACAUACACCUCUGCGUCAAAGUAUGCUUCUUGAUGGCUGUGAACGACCCUCCGGUUAUCAUUGAAUGCCCAAACAGAGGGAAACCUGACAUAGAGUUUAACAGAGCAGAGUUCAAGGAGUAUAAAACACGCGGACCAUACAUGGCUUUCUACGUAUGGCCCCUUAUUAGACUGGCCGCCGAUGGCCCUCUUUUAAGCAAGGGGGUUGCACAAGGGGCGAAUGAACCAGCCAAUCCAGUUGCCUGGACAUGGAGUAAAUAAAUACAUACCAUCUUUCUUGUCCUGUUUUUUCUCAAACAGUUUCAUUUUUUACUGAACUGAGUGCUUAAAUCUUAAAUCAUGUUUGCAAAAGAAAAGGAAACUACUAUUUUGAUAUUUCUUCUUUUA